UGAGAUCCCAUCCUCGCUCGCGUGCUGCUCCUCUCCUCUGUUCCUGACACGCUCUGCUCUGCUUUGGGGUGGCGGAAUGCUGCUUAGCUUUGUGUGAGCCCGAAUGGGGAGAGAUGCUGGUUUUGAUGGAUGCCGCUAGUAAUUUGAUGAGCUUGCUGUAAUGCUGUGCGGGAAAAAAAAUGGGAUUCUAAUGCGCAUUUGUUAGAUUCCGUCUUAGAAUUCGUGGCUCCCGUACGGGAGUACGCCACUCCGCCUUAAUUAAUCAUUGCUUGCAAUUCCGGCGAUGAUGCGUGAUUCCUGACUAAUUUUAGUAUAUAUUUUCGUCACUUUCGAUUGGAUUUUUUUGGUCUGUCAAAGUUAGAGAUGGGAAUCGUGAAAAUAUGAGAUUUAGAUAGCCAGUGUCAAUAUGAGUAAUUCGAAGUCUAGUUUGUAUUACACCAUCAGUUGUUUAAAGCCGUCCUCUGACUCUGAGUAAUGGUGAUAGUGCUGAUAUUCUCUAUUCAUUUACACAUUAAACGGUGAAGGGAUAAGCCAACAAGCGAAGUAAUUCUAAAAAAACAAUGUUGUUAUGUACAGUGAAAUUGGCUGACGUGAGCUAAGUUUGGAUUUGUUCAUGCCAUAGCUAAAUUUGUGAAAUGGCUUUUGAAACAAGUUUUGUGUGCACGAAAGUUCCAUAUUGCAUCGGGCCUUAGAGGCCAAGAGUGAAACGUUCAUAUAUUCUUUCUGGCUCUAGGUUGUUCUUGUUUUCUGGUGAGAAUAGGUCGGGCAACCAAGGGUGAUGGCUACCCGUUAGAUAUUUUCCCCAGAUAUUUCUUCUUGUUCUCUUGCUCAACUAAAAAAGGCCACUUGUACUGGCACAGAGAAAAGGGAUGAUGCAAGAAUAAACCGUAGAAUAUAUUGGGAAUAUAAAAUGAGAUGGGUAGGCCAUUAAUUGGAAUAUAGAACUCGUCUCUUGCCGGUGCACAGUUAUCUUUAACAUAUAGGUACAAGAAUUUGCAAUAGAGAGCAUCAUGGUUUUAACUGUGCCUUUUUAUUUUUAUAGGGCAUGUUUUAGCAGUUUCCCACCAGGCUACCAGUUGGUAACUUUAUCGUUCUGUUGCCGAUUUUUACAAUUUCGGGAUCCACAUGCCCAAAGACGACAUCCGCUUGUUGAUCCCAUGGUUGUUUCAGAGAUCCGCCGUUGCUUAAAUGAGGGUAUUGAGUUCCAAGGUGAGCUAUUGAAUUUCAGAAAGGAUGGUGCUCCACUGUACAACAGGCUAAGGCUGGUCCCAAUGCACGGGGAUGAUGGUUUCGUAACACACGUCAUUGGAAUCCAGUUGUUCUCUGAAGCUAACAUUGAUCUCAGCAACGUAUCAUAUCCAGUGUAUAAACAACAGUCCAAUCACAGACCCAACAUUCAAGAGAUGAACUCUGCUACCCAUGAACAUAUUCCUAAGAUCCAAAGUUCUGAGUAUUGCUACAUCCUCCAGCUAUCAGAUGAAGUUCUGGCACACAACAUCUUGUCUCGCCUAUCGCCAAGAGAUGUCGCAUCCAUCGGAUCAGUAUGCACUAGAGUGCAUCAGUUGACCAAGAAUGAUCACCUCAGAAAGAUGGUCUGUCAAAACGCAUGGGGAAGAGAUGUCACUGUGAGGCUUGAAAUGAGCACCAAGAUGCUAGGAUGGGGUCGUCUUGCAAGAGAGCUCACAACCCUUGAGGCGGCUUCAUGGAGGAAGUUCACAGUUGGAGGACGCGUUGAGCCUUCCCGGUGCAACUUCAGUGCCUGUGCUGUUGGUAACCGUCUUGUCCUUUUCGGAGGUGAAGGAGUCAACAUGCAGCCAAUGGAUGAUACCUUUGUGCUCAACCUGGAGUCUGCAAGGCCUGAAUGGCGCCGUGUCAAAGUUUCAGCUUCUCCACCUGGGCGGUGGGGGCACACUCUCUCCUGGCUGAAUGGCUCAUGGCUGGUAGUCUUUGGAGGCUGUGGACAGCAAGGUUUGCUCAAUGAUGUCUUUGUCCUUGACCUUGACGCCAAACAGCCCACUUGGAGGGAGGUUGCAAGUGAGGGCCCGCCAUUGCCAAGAUCUUGGCACAGUUCAUGCACUCUGGAUGGAUCAAAGCUUGUUGUCUCAGGAGGUUGCACCGAAUCUGGUGUUCUGCUCAGUGACACAUUCCUGCUUGACCUCACCAAGGAAAAACCAGCAUGGAAGGAGAUCCCAACAUCCUGGUCACCGCCAUCCCGUCUCGGCCACACCUUGUCUGUCUUUGGCAAGACCAAACUCUUCAUGUUUGGUGGUCUGGCAAAGAGUGGCUCUCUCCGGCUUCGUUCCUGCGAUGCCUACACGAUGGAUGCUGGUGAAGACAGCCCGCAAUGGAGGCAGUUGGCGACAACCGGGUUCCCAAGCAUCGGUCCACCUCCGAGGCUCGAUCAUGUCGCGGUCAGCCUGCCCUGUGGACGGAUCAUCAUCUUCGGUGGCUCCAUCGCCGGGUUGCACUCGCCAUCGCAGCUGUUCCUGCUCGACCCGGCGGAGGAGAAGCCGACAUGGAGGAUCCUGAACGUCCCCGGUCAGCCACCGAAGUUCGCAUGGGGGCAUAGCACCUGCGUGGUUGGCGGCACCAGGGUUCUUGUCCUGGGGGGCCACACUGGGGAGGAGUGGAUCCUGAAUGAGCUCCAUGAGCUCUGCCUGGCGAGCAGGCCCGAUGAUGAUGAGUGAUUCCAUUCUCCGCUGCUUUGCUCGUCUGAUUUAUUUAAAUCCUAUCAUUAUUACUCAUAUAUGUUGUUGUCACGACCCUGCUAUGUAAAACAGUAAAAGUAGUGAAAGUAAACAAAAAGAAAAAGGAUUACUGGUAGUUUUCAUCCUUAGGAGUUAUUAGGAGAAAGAUCUGAGAAAAAAGCUGUGAAAUAAAAGGUUGGUCUAGUGUUUUUUUUGGUUUUCUUCCUUAUGUCUGCACAAGCGUUUCUGCUCCAUAUGAUGUUUUGAUGCAAUUUGUGUCAAUGCAAAAUGUACAUAAGUACAUAGUCCAUUGUUGAAAGUACAUAGUCCAUUGUUGAAGCGUAAA